AAAUGGCUGCUGUGGGUGGCCAGUGUAAAGAAAAUAUUUUGUUGUCCUUCCUUGAAAAGGAAAAAAUCCCCACGGCAGAACCUUGUGGAAGACGCCAUUUUGAGCAGCUCCACAGCGCAGAAAUCCAACAGGGAGGAAAAUCCCCAGAGAUCCCACAGGAGGAGGGGCUGCAAACCCAGCCCAGGGUGCUCUGAGGAGGAAAGACCCACCCUGUGCCAGGAAGGUGGGCAGAGCUCCAGCCAGAGCUCGGAGCUGGUGGUCCAUGAGCAGCUCCAUGAUGGGGAGAAGCCCCACAAGUGCUUGGAGUGUGGGAAGAGCUUCAGGCGGAGCAACAGCCUGAUCUGCCACCAGAUGAUCCACACCAGGGAAUGGCCCUAUGAGUGUGGGGAGUGUGGGAAGGGCUUCAUCUGCAGCUCUGCACUUGUCGUCCACCAACGCAUCCACACUGGGGAGAGACCCUACGAGUGUGGGGAAUGUGGGAAGAGCUUCAGCCGAAGGUCCUACUUGAUCCGCCACCAGAUCAUCCACACUGGGGAAAGGCCACACAAAUGUGGGGAAUGUGGGAAGAGCUUCAGCCAGAGGUCCAAACUGAUCAUCCACCAAAUGGUCCACACAGGGGAGAGGCCCUAUGAGUGUCCCCAGUGUCUGAAGAGGUUUCACACCAGCUCCACUCUCCUCCUGCACCAGCAGAUUCACACAGAUGAGAGGCCCUUCCUCUGCCCUGACUGCAGGAAGGGUUUCAAGCACAGCUCCACCCGCGUCAAGCACCAGCGCAUCCACACCGGGGAGAGGCCCUAUGAGUGUGGGGAAUGUGGGAUGAGCUUCAGCCAGAGCUCAAGCCUGAUCUACCAUCAGGGGACCCACACUGGGGAAAGGCCCUACGAGUGUCCCCAGUGUCUGAAGAGGUUUCACACCAGCUCCCAUCUCCUCCUGCACCAGCGGAUUCACACCGAGGAGAGGCCCUACCUCUGCUCGGACUGCGAGAAGGGCUUCAAGCGCAACUCCCACCUCAUCAGGCACCGGCGCAUCCACACUGGGGAGAGGCCCUACGAGUGUCCCCAGUGUGGGAAGAGCUUCUCCAGCAGCUCUGCCUUGACCCGACACCAGCAGACUCACCGGUAAGGGAAGCCCUGCAAGUGCCCCAACGGCAGGAAGAGCUUUGUGCACUGCUCCAACUCCAUCCCCCAUGGGAGGACCCACGUUGGUCAGAGCCCCGGUGACCCACAUUCCCUGUGAUCCAUGUUGGGAAGACACCUGGCUGGUUAUCCUUUUGGUAUGGCCCUAAUAUUCAUCUGAUCUAUCUUCAUCCCUUAAAAACACCUGAAAUAGGACCAAAAAGAAAGAAAUUUGUCAGAGAUGUCUUAAGUCUCAGCAUUACACAGCUAAUUGAGGGGGAAUUUAUGUUUGGGGAUAUAGUAUGGAAGAUUUGUUGGUCCUUGGGGGAUUUUGGGCAGUGUUCUUCAUCUAUCUGCAUUCCAAACAACAAACAACAGUCCCACUGAAAACAAUGCAAUCUUACCCCAAAAUAGUCUCAAUCCCAUCUAAAAAUGGCUUGUUCUAACCUCAAAAAACCUCAAUCCCAUGCCAAAAUUACUCAAUUCCUUAGCCUCUAGUGUGAGAUGGGGUUAGAAUAAGACUGGGAGAAGUGGGAUCCAAAUUUGGAGCAGUGGGAUUGGGGUUCUGUGGGACUGGGUGGGUGGGAUGUAUUUUAGCAGUAAAUAAAACUUUCAGAAUUAUUGAUUCCUGUCCCAUUCAUUUUCCAUCAGUUCUGGUUUGUUUUCCCGAGUGCCACCUUCUCAGCUGAUUGUGUUUGUGUCCUCUUUUCUCUCCUGCCUCUCUGUGCCUGCUCUGUUUCUCUCUCAGUGUCUCCCUUGAGCCAGGGCAGCUCCCACCAAAGGCCCUGCCCUGAUUUCAUUCCCAAUCCAGGAGCUACAACCACCAUGGGUGAAGUUAUGAAGGCUGGCAGUGAAAUGUCACUGUAGGAUCUUGCUCCACUUGGCUUUUGUCUCUUCCAUAAGAGCUUUGCCUUCAAGGGCAGGAAGAUCUUUUCCUGGCUGGGAACUGGAAUUCCAGCCCCUGGGAGCAUGUGCCAUGGAUGCCAGAGGGGCAUUCCUGAGGCUCCCAGGGUGCUGCUCCUGCCGUGCCUCCCAAGGAGCUGUGCAGGGCCCGGGGACAAGGUGCAGCAGCUGUGUUGGUUCUGCAGUGCCACAAGGGCCCCUGGUUCCAUGAGUUUCCACACUGCCAGCAGCGGUUCCUGGGUUCCCAUGGUGCCCUGCUGUGUCACCAUGGAUAUUUGGUGGCAUGAAGUUCCUCAGUGUCACAAUG